AUCCCGCCACGGCGACCGCAUUUCUAUGGGGGGUGAAAUGCGAAAACACCCGUGUACGUAGACUUAAGUGCACGUUAAAGAACCCCAGGUGGUCAAAAUUUCCGCAGGCCUCCACUACGGCGUGCCUCGUAAUCAGAAAGUGGUUUUGGCACGUUGAACCCCAUGAUUUAUUUAAUAUUGCUUGGCCAUUCUAAGCCUCGGCGGCCUCUCUAGUCAGCAAUUGACUCGGGAAGCAGGAGCUACAAGACCGCGUUCAGCAUUCCCACUCAAGGCUUGUCUGGAUUUCCCAAUUACGACUGUCGGCGGAAUCCGAACUCGGUGCUUUCAAGAAUGCGUUCUCCCAAUCCGUACCGCACCCCCACUGCAUGCACUGUGACUCGUCACUUGACACCACGCGGGCCUUCCGACCCUUCAAAAACCACGAAGAAAACCCAAGCGGUUGCCGACCGGACGCGUAGAGGUGUGAUAACCCACCCCUGCACGCAUAACACGUGGGCAACUCGCGACACGGCGAAAGUAUCUGAAUCAGUCACGCGGCAUAACAAGACCCGCAGAUGGCAGCGGCAAGCGCAAGCCCAGUUCGAACGUGUUGAUUUCUCGGUGUAUUUUGAAUCGAAUACUUCGCUAAAUAUAGCCAGUUUGUGAAGCCAGAAAGCCGUUCAAAGCUACACAGACCAAGUUUAGACAUGUGGCUGAACCGCAUCGCUGGCGAUUCCCGUAGUCACUAAAGCUCCAGAGUUACUUGCAGUCGCGUUUCUUUUUUUUUUUUUUUUUUUUUAGAAAGCGUUAUGACGGUAUGCGUCUCGACGUUGUACACCCAUGUGCAUGCAGCUCAACGCUCAUGCGGCGCUCAAGUUCGUGAACACCAAGGAUCCCGGAGGCGCAACGUCGCUCUCGGUGUCUGUGAGCAUGCAGGGGCGUUGGAACAGGCCCAAGGCCUUCCUGCAGCACGAGGCCAGCAAGUACGGAUUCCUCGAGCCAUGCAUCAAACUGCCCGCAGGUGUGCAGCAGUUUGGAAACCUGUACGAGAUCUGUAGCCAACCCAGCUACCAGGCAGUCUAUGACAAGGCGUACAAGGCCGAGUACCGAUACAACUUCGCAGAUGGACUUUCCUUCACCUACGACACGUUGCAGUCACUGACAGAAAAGCUGUGCUACUACAAGUCGAACCUAACGAGCGUCCCCUACGGAUUGGCCCUGUUCGACAUGCAGUACGAGGACUGGGUCGGCGUCUGCUUCUCGGAAAAAUUCGCCCGGUUGCGCGCCCUGCGCAAGCUGAUGGACUUCAUCACCCAGCGCUUCCGCUUAGCCUCCGACUUGACAGACUGCUUGUUCAGCGCACGGGCCGCGUGAAGAACCGCUGCGGCGUGCACGUUCGCGAACCUGUCGACGCCGUGUCUCGUCGUAUUCGCAGGACGAGCU